CGGGCCCGCGGGGCAUUGUGGGCUGUCGCGCUCCCGCCGCUGCUGCCGCCACAGCCUUGCCAUGUCGGGUUCUCCGGUAAAGCGGCAGAGGAUGGAGAGCGUGCUGGACCAGCUCAAGCAGUUCACCACCGUGGUGGCCGACACGGGCGACUUCCACGCAAUUGAUGAGUACAAACCACAGGAUGCCACCACCAACCCCUCCCUGAUCCUGGCUGCCGCGCAGAUGCCCGCCUACCAGGAGCUGGUGGACGAGGCCAUCACCUACGGCAAGAAGCUGGGCGGGUCACAAGAGGAGCAGAUUCAAAAUGCCAUCGAUAAACUUUUUGUGUUGUUUGGAGCAGAAAUACUGAAGAAGAUCCCGGGCCGCGUAUCCACGGAAGUCGAUGCAAGGCUCUCGUUUGACAAGGACGCCAUGGUGGCCCGAGCCAGGCGCCUCAUCGAGCUCUACAAGGACGCCGGCAUUAGCAAGGACCGGAUUCUGAUAAAGCUGUCGUCCACCUGGGAGGGAAUUCAGGCUGGAAAGGAGCUGGAGGAGCAGCAUGGCAUCCACUGCAACAUGACGCUGCUCUUCUCCUUCGCCCAGGCUGUGGCCUGCGCCGAGGCAGGCGUGACACUCAUCUCCCCUUUCGUGGGGCGCAUCCUGGACUGGCACGUGGCCAACACGGGCCAGAAGUCCUACGAGCCCCUGGAGGAUCCGGGCGUGAAGAGUGUCACCAAGAUCUACAACUACUACAAGAAGUUCGGCUACAAGACCAUUGUCAUGGGCGCCUCCUUCCGCAACACGGGCGAGAUCAAGGCGCUGGCGGGCUGCGACUUCCUCACCAUCUCACCCAAGCUGCUGGGGGAGCUGCUCAGGGACAGCAGCAAGCUGGCGCCUGCACUCUCGGCCAAGGCUGCCCAGGCCAGUGACCUGGAGAAGAUCCACCUGGACGAGAAGGCCUUCCGCUGGCUGCACAACGAGGAUCAGAUGGCUGUGGAGAAGCUCUCGGACGGCAUCCGCAAGUUUGCUGCGGACGCUGUGAAGCUGGAGCGUGUGCUGGCGGAACGAAUGUUCAGCGCAGAGAAUGGAAACUAGCUCAGUGCCUGAGGCUGGACACAGAUCAGUGCCAGCCAUGACCUUGGGUCUGAUUGCAAUGCCUGGUGAUGAAUCUUGCAUUUUUAACCAAUUGGAGCAGGGAUGGAUCAUAGAUUUCUGAUUUUGUCAAACUGCCUAAUGCAUUAAAGCAGCCACUUUUUCUGUGA